GGCAAAGGAGGCAGAGAUGAUAUUUCGGAAUGUACUUGAGGAUCUUGAGCGAGUAUCGGGUUCAAAUAGCCUAGACUACUUGGACUGCUUAUCCUUCCUGGCAAGUGUGAUGAGUGAUCUCGGAGAGUAUGGCGAGUCGGAAACGAUGCACCAGCAUGUACUGGAGGGGCGUGAGAAUAUUCUUGGGUUAGACCACCUAGAUACACUAACUAGUAUCAGCAACCUGAGC